AUGUGCGUGGACUUCGAGGACAUUAUUGCCUGCCAGUACAGAAGACGCCAGAGAAACGAUGCAGGGAAAAAGCUACAGGAAAGAAGAGGUGGUGUUGGCAGGUCCAUUAGUACCGCUGAGGCGGGCAGCGCAGUCGAGGCAGACACGCCAGUGAAGAGCGUCCUGGCGUGGGGGCCGCGUGCUAAGGACACGCGGGAGAAGGCCGGCCCACCAGCAGCUGGGAAAGAUGAGACUUCUCGGAUUGCGCCUGGCGGUGAGCAGGCCUUGGUGGGCCCUGGGGUCGGGGCUGAGGAGGCGCUGGAUGCAUCGGCGGCGGUGACAGGCACAGCCUGGCUGGAGGCCGAGAGACCAGGCCUGGGCGGAGUGACCGCAGAGGCGGGCAGCGGCGACACCCAGGCCCUUCCAGCCACGCUCCCGACUCCCGAAGAGGCCCUCGGGACGUCCUCGACGUCCGCAGCCACCUUCAAGGCUACGGAGGCCAGUGAACCACCCUCCCCCACCCCUGGCGACAAGCCGAGCCCAGGCCCCGAACUCCCCAAGGACAGCCGCAUGGAGGUUUGGCUGAAUCUGGGAGGCAGCACACCUGACCCUCGGCCGGAGCCCACGUAUCCCUUUCGGGGCACACUGGAGCCCCACCCAGCGUCAGAUAUAAUUGACAUCGACUACUUUGAAGGAUUGCAUGGUGAGGGCCAUAGCGCCAACCUGGGGAGCUUCCCUGGGACGCCAGGUACCUCAGAGCACCACCCUGAUCCCCAGGGAGAGACUCCUUCCUGGAGCCUACUUGACUUAAACGAUGACUUAACUCCCUUUGAGGAGUCUGAUUUCUACCCUACCACAUCCUGCUAUGAUGAUGUGGAUGAAGAGGAGGAAGAAGAGGAGGACAAGGAUGCAGUGGGAGGCGGAGACCUGGAAGAUGAAAAUGACCUUCUAGUGCCCACUGAGAAGCCUGGUCUGGGGCCUGGGACAGGCCAGCCCACCAGUCGGUGGCACGCUGUCCCUCUGCAGCAUACUCUGGAGAUGGUCCCCGGCAGCAGCAUCGCCCUCAGGCCCCGCCCAGGAGAGCCAGGCAGGGACCUAGCCCCGAGCGAGAAUGGCACCGUGUGCCGCAGUGGCUUUGUGAGACAUAACGGUUCCUGCCGGUCAGUGUGCGACCUCUUCCCAAGUUACUGUCACAAUGGCGGCCAGUGCUACCUGGUGGAGAACACUGGGGCCUUCUGUAGGUAA